UCCUGUUUACUGUAUUCCAGUCAAGCGGCUCUGCUGUGGUGUGGAUCAAGUGUGUAAAGGAGAGCUGAAAUGACACCGCCUUCGAUCUAAACACGAUCAACCUGCUGUGAAUACAAGGAACUUUCCUCUUGGCCUCAGUUCCUGUCAGCACCACCAUGUCGUGCCGGGACAUCCAUGCCACCAACGCAUUUGCCUUCAUCAUUGCCUUUGUGUCUGUGGGAGGGAUCGCUGUGGCAACGUUAAUCCCACAGUGGCGUAUAACAAGACUCAUCACCUUCAAUCGUAAUGCCAAGAAUGUCAGCGUGUAUGACGGGCUGUGGGCUAAAUGUGUGAAACAGGAUGGCUAUUCAGGAUGUUACUACUAUGAUUCAGAGUGGUACUCAAAAGUAGACCAGCUGGAUCUGCGGCUCCUGCAGUUCUGUCUGCCUACAGGCCUGCUGUUCGGCUCUAUUGCCUUGCUGCUGUGCAUGGCAGGAAUGUGUAAGACCUGCUGCUGCUCAGACAAGCCCGAACCGGACAUUAAAACUAUCAGAUUUUUGGUCAACAAUGCAGGCUGUUACCUGGUGGCCGGGAUGUUCCUGUUCCUGGGUGGAGCUAUUGCCAUCGCACCCUCAGUGUGGUUCCUGUUCCGCACCAAGGAAAUGAACAUCAAAUACGACAAAAUUUUCUCAGAUGGUUUUGCCGUGUAUGUAGCUAUAGGCUGCUCUGGAGGACUGAUGCUGGCUGCCCUGCUGAUGUUCAUGUGGUACUGCAUGUGUAAAAAGUUGCCUUCGCCCUUCUGGUUGCCGCUGCCCUCCAUGACUACCUCUCUGUCCGCCCAGCCUCUCACUGCCAACGGAUAUCCUCCUUCCCCAGUUUACGGUCCUCAGCCCUUCCCACCACAGACCUUUCCACCCACAGUGAUCGACCCCCAGCAUUAUAUGACCUCCCAAGGCUACGCGCAAAGUGUGGUUGCCCCUGCAGCCCCACAGGUGUACAUGUCUCAGGUUUCCGCUCCUGAUGGGUAUGGUUCGGAGGUGGGAGGAGCUCAGGCCUACAGCUACGCACCCUCACAGAGUUACGCACCGUCGCAGAGCUACGCUCCAUCUCAGGGCUACGCAUCCAGCUACACAGGCCACCGCUACUCCUCCCGCUCACGGAUGUCUGCCAUAGAGAUCGACAUUCCUGUGCUGACACAGUGACAGUAAGCAGCACAUUGAACCUCCUUAAAGUUCACCACUGAUUAAACUAAUAUAGUAUGAUAGAUAAAAAUGAAUAACAUAAGAGCUAUUUACAGCCUCAAGAGUGAUUUAGUCAGUCAGUUCAGGUCUGUAAAUUGCUGAUAAUUGAAAGUGAAUCCCAAUCAAAAGAACCCUGGGGAUACUGUAUGAAGGAUGAGGUUUUCUUAAAAAUGAAAAUCACUAAAUCACUGGUGCAAACAAUACUGUAUUUAGCUCAGUAUUGUAGAAAGGGAAGAAAAUAAAUAAUUUUCAGCCAAAAACACUGAAAGACACCACAACUAACUAACCUUUUAUUACUGUUUUACCAACAGAGAAGGACCACUAAACAAAUGGUAAAUGGACUUGCACUUGUAUAGGGCCUUUCUAGUCUUCUGUGACACUAUGAGUCACAUUCACCCAUUCACACACACACACCCAUUCUCACACACACACACACACACACAUUCAUACACUGGUUAGCGAGGCUACCACACAGCCACCUGCCACUCGGUUUUUAACACACACACACACACACCAAUGGAACAGCCAUUGGGAGCAAUUCGGGGUUCAGUAUCUUGCUCAAGGAUACUUCGACAUACGGAUAGGAGGAGCCAGGGAUCAAACUGCUGAUCUGAAAAGUGAGCCACAGCCACCCAACAACAGCUCCUGAUGUGCUCAAGUGUCCAGUGGACCAACUUACGAGCUACAAGCAAAUAGUUUCUAGCAUUUGUCAUGUGACUAAAUAUAAAUUCUUGACUUAAGAUUAAAGAAGCCCUGAUGAUGGCUGCCAAAAGCAAGAGUCAGCUAAAUUCUUCUCUCUUUUUCUGUUACAUUUGUUUAUGUUGGACAUGUUAUAUUCAUACUCAAAUGCAGGGUUCCUGCAGAUCCUUAGAAAGUCUCUGCAUUGAAUGAAUUUAUCUUAAAAUAAGGCCUUAAUUGGUUUUAAAAUGUCUUAAAUCAAUAUCUCAGAAGUCUUAAAAAAGCUCAGACAUGGGUAGAAGAAAUUUAUUAUUUUGUGAUGUUACUUUGUAAAAUCUCAAAAUAAUUGCCACUAUCUUUCACAUUAACAUUUGCAUCAACGAGAUGCUCAGAGCAGAGGCUCCACUGUCUGCUAGCUAGCUGUCACCGUUCCCUGGAUGACAUGGGGACGUGCAAAUUCAGCAAUAAUUAGCUAUUUAACCAAGAUUUCGAAGCGUGGCUGAAACUGACGCAAGGCUAGCAUUAAAAAAGUCUUAAAAGGCCUUAAGCUGUAGGAACCCUGCAAAUCACUUGUCACUUUUGCCUUUGUAAAGCCUACACUAUGAAAGUCUUCUGUCGUCACUACUGAACUUAAAACUGACUGCAUUCAACUUUAUAUUCUGUGCUUCUGAAUGGACACAAACUAUCUGACUCACCUGUUAAUAUUUUUGUGCAAGAGGAAUCGUUAAUUAUGUCACGUUGCCCUGUGAAGAGCAUCUUGGAAGUUUUUAAUGCACUAAUUAUGUGAAUACUGUGCCAGUUUACUUUGUCUUUGUUCACUGACUUUGUCAUAGCCUCGAGUAUUUCUUAACAUAUUACUUAAUCCUUUACUGUCAUGUACUUUUUUGAAGUGUUAUUGUCGAAAACAGUGGCGCUAAGAACUUUGUUAGCUGUUGAAUUUAACGUACAGAUGUGGAAUUAAAUAUUAAGUAUGAACUGUAAUGUUAGAACACUAACAGGAAUAAGAGUGCUGUCCAUCUGCACUCAACAUGUCCGCUGAUUAUUUUGCCAACUUAGCUGAAGUGUGACGCUGUUCAGUGGUGGUAGUAACUGUGAUUAAGCCAACUUUAACGUACAGUUUAAAUCCUGCCUUUUGUAUGUUUUGCUUAAUGAGCACUGAUCAACAUUUCUUUGAGUCUUCAUCAUGUCUUUCUACAAUGUUGAGGUCAAAUGUUUUUCUACACUGUCAUCUGUUUUUUGUUUUUAAUAAAACAUAAAUCACA